AAAGCUAGGGAAGGGCUGAAAGGCUGAGUUAGAAACCAAAAAAGUCUAUAUCUACGCCUACCUUGCAGUCUCUGGCAUUCUCAAUAGUUCUCUGUUUAACUUCCUGAGCAAAAGCAAAGAAAAGAUUUUUGAAGAGUCGAGGUGUGUAUUUGGUCCUGGACAAUUCAGAGUAUUCAAGUGGAACUAGAUUCCUGCUUCCAAGCGUGUUUUGUUUAUACAUUCAACAAACGUCACAUUUUAGGAAAUAAAACACAAACAUACAGAGAGAAAAGAAAACAUUAAAAACAUUAACAACGUUGGCUUGUCGUCGACAGCAUUCGGAAGCACGAUGAGGUUUGGUGUUCAUCGCCAAGUAAAGGAUUUCCUUUCAGAGUUGGACGCGUGCACUUGAAAUCAGUUUAUUGCAUUCUCUCUUUGUAGUUAUUCAUAAAUUUGCCUUAUUAUUGAGAUGUUGCACGACACAGUAGAACUUUUGGGUUCUCUGCCAUCUCUCAAUAUAUGGAGUAGUUAAGCUUCAGCGCGAAUUGUACAUCAGUCUAAGGUUUGAUGAUCCGGGGGUGGCAACUGGCUUUCCUGUUGUUGAUCAGAUUGACAUUUGGAUUCAGAAAAUGUUCUCCUGGACUAUUCUCAUCUAUUCAUUUGUUGUUGCUGCUAAUUCUCAAAACAUUCAGUCUUCUAAAGGGUCAUCCUGUGAUGGUUUAUGCUCCUGUGAGGAAAAGGAUGGUAUUCUGCAUAUCAACUGUGAAGACAAAGACAUCAGCAAAAUAUCUCAAAUCAAAGUGCCACCAUCCCUACCUUUCCAAAUUAAUCUUUAUAAAAACGAAAUAGCAGAACUGCAUGCACAUGAACUAGAACAUCUUAGUAAUGCUGUCUCAUUACAUCUAGGAGCUAACAAUAUACAUGAGUUGGAACCUGGGAUUUUCAGUGCAUUUGGAUCUCUCAAGAAAUUGCAUAUAAACAGUAAUUUUUUAGUAACACUGAAAGAGGAUACAUUCCGUGGUUUGGAAAAUCUUGAGUACCUUCAGGCAGACACGAAUUUCAUUCAUGUGAUCGAGCCUGGGGCCUUUAGCAAGCUCAUCCGGCUCAAAGUUCUUAUUCUGAAUGACAAUGAAAUUGAAUUUCUUCCUAGUAACAUUUUCCGUUUUGUGCCAUUGACUCAUUUAGAUCUUCGUGGUAAUAAACUGCAAGCUCUUCCAUUUGUUGGCUUUCUGGAGCACAUUGGACGUAUAAUAGAGCUUUUGCUAGAGGAUAAUAAAUGGGUCUGUGAUUGUGAUAUACUUCCUCUUAAAAACUGGAUAGAAAACAUGCGGACCCAGUCGGUUAUAGGAGAAGUUGUGUGCGAUAGUCCUGUACUCCUCCAAGGUAACACUUUGAGCAAGGUGAAAAGGGAAGUGUUAUGUCCAUUUCAUGCUGACAUUGAUUUAGAAGAACCGUCCAAGUCAUCAGGCUUGAUAGUUACUCCCUCCUCCAAGGUAAAACCAGUUCCAAAAGAAACACAAAUUGAAGCUUUACCCACACCGGUGCUAGUCCCAGAUACAUGUCCUGAACAAUGUUUCUGCAACAAUCAUCAACUGGCAGGACUUUUGAUCCAUUGCCAAGACAGAGGCAUUGAAAUCCUGUCUGAUCUUGGAUCACCAACACAAAAGCCCCGACAACUCCUUUUAACGGGAAACAUGAUUCAGAGACUAACAAAAAAUGAUUUUGUUACAUUUGGAAGCUUGGAGUUACUCAAUAUUGAUAACAACCGCAUUGAAUAUAUUCAAGAUGAGGCUUUUCUGAACCUUGGAAAUUUGCAAAAGCUGAACUUAAAUGGAAAUAAACUUGAAAGGUUAACUCCAGGUAUGUUUGCUGGACUACGUAGUCUUGAAUAUUUAUACUUGGAGUUUAAUAUGAUCAAGGACAUUGUUUCAGGAACAUUUAGCAACUUAUCCAAACUCAGACACCUAUCUUUAAAAAUAAAUCUUCUUCAAUCUCUGCCACCUCUUAUAUUUCAUAACGUGCCACUAAAUAGGCUAGAUCUAAGAAAAAAUCUGUUCAUGCAUGUACCUGUGGGCAAUGUGUUGGAUCAAUUGGAUUUUCUAGAACAGAUUUACCUUGAAGAUAAUCCAUGGGAUUGUUCUUGUGAUUUAGUAGGUCUGAAACAGUGGGUAGAGAAACUCAGACAGAAUACAGUGGAGGGAGACAUAUUGUGUCAUACCCCAAGAAAAAUUGCCAAAAAGGAUUUGAGAUCCCUCAGAAAUGAACUGCUAUGUCCUGGAUUGGUUCCAUUCAACGCUUUACCAACCCAAGCCCCUACAUCCACACCAUCAAGUCUAUUUGGUUCCUUUACAGAUUCAGUCCCCCUUUCAGUUUUAAUCCUUGGCUUGCUGAUUGUUUUCUUAUUGAUUGUCUUCUGUGCUGCUGGACUGGUUGUUCUUGUUUUACACCGCCACAGGAGAUCAAAGAAAAAGCAAACAGGUGAUCCACAGAGGGAGCCCAGCCCUAUACACCUUCAGUACAGUAUGUACGGUCAAAAAACCACCCAUCACAUGACUCAAAGGCCUGGGGUUAAUAUGUAUGAUGAACAUGCAAUGAGCCCUGUGAUACAAGUCUGUAGGAGUCCUUCUUAUUGUAAUAAUCUCAAAGACCAAGAUCUGAAUGAUAUUCAUGACUCAAAGUAUGUUUGUAGAAGCAUUUUAGAAAAGGAGAACGAUUCACCCCUGACUGGUUCAAAUAUGAAAUUCAGAGCAGUAAGUGACCAUUCAUCAGAAUUUGUUACCCUUGAAGAUGCAAAUUCUCUGUACAGAAACUUACUGGAAAGAGAAAGAGAACUCCAGCAGUUAAGCAUCACAGAGUACCUCAGAAAAAAUAUAAAUCAGCUUCAGCCAAAUGUUGACGUUCACUGUCCAGGGAGCCACGAAGAGCUAAAAUUAAUGCAGACAAUCAUGUACACCAGGCCUAGAAAGGUCAUGGUAGAGCAAACAAAAAAUGAAUAUAUGGAGCUCAAAGCCAAUCUGCACACAGAGCCUGACUACCUGGAGGUUCUAGAGCAACAAACAGCUUUGAACUGAAACGACUCUUCAGGGGAUGUUGCGACCUGUUUUGUAGCUAUCUUCGUAAAAGAAGUGCCUUAGCCAAUUUUUCACUUGCAUUUUGUUUUCACAUUAAAGAGAUCUGCAGUUAACUUAAAUGAGAGUCAGGGAUUACUGUAAGAAGUCACUCGGACUGAAUGGUUUGUGACUUCAGCAUUUAAAGCAGAAAGGUUAGACUGUUAUUGUAAAACAUUUUGGCAUUUGCAUCGUUGUUCAUUACCUAUUAAACUGAAUACAGGCAUAUGUGCCAUUAUUAGUCUGUACAGAAAAAAAACAUAUAUAUAUUCUUCUGUUGAGAAACACAAUUCUUAUUCACUUAGAUAUUAUGUGACUAAUGUUUAUGAGUGUAUUGUUUUUUUUUUGGUUUAACUGACUUUCCCAAGUACAGCUGUGGCCAAAAGCUUUGCAUUGCCUUAUAGAAUGAACUACUUUUGCUCAUAAAGGUGAAUGAAACCUGCUGAAUAGUGAUACAUUAACAUUGAAUUUCAUAGUUUUCAAUAUACUUAAUGAAAAACUGACAAACAUUUUAAAAUGUGACAUUUCAAAAUCAAACAUGAAAUAGUGUACUACCAGCUUCCGGUAGGCUUUUGCAAUAUCAUUUUGUAGUUUCUUUGAUUACAUGAUGUUAAAUAAAUAAAUUAUGUUUAUAUAGU